GCACGCGUCACAACCGCUGCAGCGGCAACACAGCCGGCGUCAACGUCACGAAAAGACCGAAAGAUGGCGAAGAAAACGAGCAGAAGUUACUUUCCGAAUGGCCGGAAGCGAUAAAUGCCGGAGGUUGCACACAGAUUCCGUGGCCACUUCCGAGGCGAGGGAAAAUUAAGGGGGGCGGGACUAGGCAAAGGAUUCGAUUGACGCAUGCUCGGCGCCGGUGGCUACGCUGGCGAAACCCGGAACGGGCGGAAAGUAUUGAGAGGGUCAGGACGUUGUGUCUGGUGGAUAACAGGGCCUGAAGAUCCACAAGCGGUGUCCUCUGCGCAAGCUACAUUUCGACACCUAAGGCAGCGCCCGGAGCCUGUGGCCGCUGCAGCGAAGAACCGAGCGGUCAUCGAAAAGGCGCCCACCGGAACUGGGAAGCGUGUCGUCAUGGAGCGAAACGACGCUGUCAGCAUACGUCCAGCUGACGAGGACGCGACGUCGGUCGAGUGGCUCGACCGGCUCCGGCGAGAAGAGAAGCGCCCGCGGCGGAGCAUGCGGCACUGCUACGCCGCCGUCGCCGCCGGCGGCGCGAAGUACAUCGCUGUCGAAGCAGCCGGGUCUCCCGCUGCGGCCUGCGCUAACAUGCCGGAUGGCUUGGGAGCAUGCCGCGGGGAUUCAUUGGAGGAACGAGUCCUGCAGGAGAAGCAGAAGAUGCGCGCCGCGAGCGGCCGCCGCCCUGAUAUGCUGCUGAGCGGCAUCUUCAGCCCACCGCCGGAGAUUGUCAGCCGGUCGUGCGGAGGGCUCGGCGAGCCGGAGCUUCUGGUCACCUGUCCGGAGUCGCGGAGCGUGCCGUUCACGCUCGUGUUGUCAUCGGCUUAUGCGCUUGCUCUGCACGUGUGCUUCGCGGCUAGUUCGUGGUGGCUGGUGCAGAAGUACGCGGCGUCUGGCGCUAGCAUGGAAGCUAUCGUCACGCUCUUCCUCGCUCAGCUGUCCAGCUUGCCCCUAUUCGUGGUGGGCGUAUGCCGGCUAGUAAGCCGCCAACAGCAGCCUUCUUCGGGAUGCGUGAUCCUGCUCGUUUUUCACGUGCUCGUCGCCGGGCUGUUCAACAUGGUCCCUCUGUUGCAGCUGCUGCUGCGGUUUGUGGACUCUCUGGUGCUCUACAAGACUCGCGGCAAGCAGGACCAGGCUGCUCUGCUCAAGCGCCAGGACGCCAUCACCUUCACCAACGUAAUGUGGGUGGCGACGCUCAGCUGCUUCCCGCAGGCGGUAUUCCAGGCAACGCAGCUCUUCCAGGCGUCCUUGAAUGAACAGGCCUACACCGCUGGCUCGUUCUCGUGGCUGCAGGCCGCCAACCUGACCAGCGCCGUGCUGCUGACCUGUUUGGCCUGCCUCAAGUUCAACAACCGGCACGCGCAAGUCGUCUUCACCUGGCCCUCGCCCCAGUCGCUGCUCCUGGCGGGCGCAGAGAACGUCGCCUGGCUGCCGCUCAUCGGCUCCCGCGUGCUCGCCUUUGCCAUACUCAUUGCCAAGGCGCUCGAGCCGACGCACGUCUUCGCAAUAUUCUUCGCCCUCAGCCUGCACUUCGAGUUCCGCCGCGACCGCGCCUCGCCGACCAACCAACCACGCAGCUUCCUAUUCACGGUGGCUGCGAACGUGGCUCGGGCCACGGUGGGCAUGUUCUUCAAGUUGCGCAACUGGCAGGAGCCGCUGGCCGCCAAGCCUUACAUUGUGCUCAUCAUCAUGCUCAUUGUGCAGAGCUUCGGCUGCAUCUUCCUUCCUUUCUUGCAGCAGUACGGCUUGUCUAUGAACAUGGACGUGUUUCGCGCUUAUUACGGGGCGCCCGUGUUCGUGGCCUGCAUCGCGUUCCACUACGCGUUGCUGGUUGUGGGCGCCGCAGGCAUAGUCGCUUGGUUCAAGCUGGAGCGAGCGAGUUCGUCAGGUUAUGGAGCGCUAUGAGUGCCGUUGCUGUUCUUUCAUUUUUUUUUUUUUUCAGUAGACGUUGACAGCGUUGAUGUCGCCGGCAGACCUAUAGCACCGCGAAAAUUGUGGCUUGUAUAGCAUGCGGCAUAUUCUGGUCGCCCGUAAUGUCUACUUUAUUUGCGUCAAUUAUACGUACGGUGCGAUUUUGCCUAUUUGUUGUCGCAGUAUUCCAAUUACUGUACCAUACUAACUCUCGCAGGUGAGCUUCGUGGAUCUACUAUGAGUAUGAGCUCCUUUGCAGUUAUUUUGUUUACAAUCAGCCAGUCAUGAUGUAACUUAAGUGGCUUAGAGAGUUUGUUUUCCACAUAAUAAAAAUAAUGCACUUUGUUUAAGA